AUGGAAAAGAAAAAAAAAAAAAGAAAAAAAGAGGGGAAAUAUUGCGUAAUCCACGCGAGAAGAAAAACGAAUACCCGAUUGGUAAAGGUCGGUAACUUAAAAUCAAAACGUUGAUGCCAUCAUUUCCGAUGUUCCUUCCACCCUCCUAAACCUAAACCUAAACCCAGCAAAUACACAGUAUCCUCCCUCCUUCAUAUAUAAUAUCCAGUAGUAUAAUCUAAUUCCAGGUAAAUAGAAUUGAGGAAAGGAAGAAGACAACAAAGGAAGCAACGAUGGCAUUGCUGGGGGAUGCCCUCAGGCAAGCUUUCAUGCCCAAGCAUGAGUACGAGUCUCUGAGGGAAGAAGACCGAGCUUGGCACAAACUACAGAGGCCAUUACUUUCGUUCUCCUUUGGGUUCGUUUCGAUUUCGAUUUUGAUCUGUACUGUAAUUAGUUUGAAGAUUGUGUUCCCUAGUGACCCUUUGAGCCGACCCUUUUGUGAUGACCUCCGGAUUCAGCCCCUCUCCAUUAAUUUAACUGCUGCUUCCGUCGGAGGUGGCAGCGGGACUGGUUCUGGGGAUUCCGAUCUUUUCCCUGGUGCUUUUUAUUUGACGGAUCAAGAAACUGUGGACUAUUAUUGGAUGGUUGUGUUCGUCCCCUCCUCUCUCGUGUUCUUGGCUUCUGUGGUUUAUCUCGUUGCCGGAAUCGUGGUAGCCUAUUCUGCUCCAGCAAGACAUGGAUGCUUGAAGGUUGUUGAGAAUGAUUACUGUGCUUCUAGAAGGGGUGGAGUGCGCUGUCUAUCUAUUCUAAAUUUUGUAUUUGCAAUCAUUUUUGGUCUCCUUGCUCUAUUCCUUGGCUCUACCCUUCUCACCUUGGGUAGCAGGUGCUCGUUGCCUUUGUUUUGGUGUUAUGAGGUUGCAUCAUGGGGGUUAGUCAUUCUUUAUGGGGGAACGGCGUCCUUGUUAAGAAGAAAAGCUGCUGUAGUUCUUGACGAGACUGAUUUUGCUGGCCGUAAUAUUGGGGUAGAGAUGCUUGAGGCCUAUCCUCUUGAAGUGACACCAGAUUUAGAGAGGCGUGUGAAUGAAGGGUUUAAAGCAUGGAUGGGUCCAUCUUUAUUAUCAUCUGAUGAUGAAGAUGAACCUGAUGAUUAUCUGGAGGCACCAAAUCUGUCCAGGACCAAUUCUGCCAGGCAGAGAGUGUGAAUGUGAUGUCUCUCUCUAGGAGUUAUAUUUUGGCCUCUCGUGCUGCAUUUGCCGGGGAAGCAUUUGGCAACUAGUAACUACAGUGAGGAUUCCAUGAAGUUGCUUCGACAUUCAAUGGUUGUGCCGAGUCUACAGAGAUAUGACAUUAAUGUCUACACUAAUGGGCAUGCGGGUUAGUUUAGUCUGGUCCUUUAUUGCACAGGCGCGAGAACUGUACAAAGUUUCAUUGUAGUGUAAGCCAUUUUUUGCUAUCUCGGACUCGGAAGGAGGGUGAAGCAGAAGUUCACCUCAUUGACAGCUAAUCUCUGAGCUCACAUUUUCUGCUAUCUCGGACUUGGAGGAUAUUACGUUGUAACCUCAAAUUUAGUCUAAAAUCUAAAUAAUCCCAGUCCAGCAGGUAAUCAGUGACAAGCUUUGCUGUAUCUAAUAUAUCUAGUCGGACAGAUUUACUUCCUUUGUUGCAUAUGCCGAUAUCCUUGGAUUUCUUCAAUUUUUUCCUUUGCUACAUAGUGAAACAACGUAUAUAUUCAUUCGGUUAGUUUCAGCGGGCUAGUUUUGCAUGCCCACCGGUUUGGUUUGGAUUCUAUUCUAAUAUAUACACCUGGGUAUGUCUUGAAAGCAAUUGUGGGAAUUCUUUUGAGUGGACUUAUUACUAGUAUUUUUUUUUUGUUUUUUUGGUUGUAAUGUAUAGUCAUCGAUCUAAGGCUUUCAAAACUUGCGUGUCUUGUGAAUGCUAGGGUUCGUGAUUAUUUAUUUAUGGAUUUAACUUUCUAGUUGCU